GAUUCUAGCUGGUUGACUGAAGUUCAAAUUGGUACACCACCAGCGACGUUGAUGCUCAAUUUCGAUUCUGGCUCUUCCGACACAUGGGUCAUGUCAACAGACUUGCCGGUUCAGGAACGGCAAGGUCAAGUGCUCUAUAACCCUGCAAGUUCCAAGACUGCCCUUGCUGCUCCUUCCAACACAUGGAAUAUCAGCUAUGCCGACAAAUCUGGUGCUUCUGGAUUUGUUGGCACAGACACUCUGUAUCUUGGUGGUAUGCCGAUUCGCAAUCAAGCAAUCCAACGGGCGACGUACGUCUCGAAAGAUUUCUUCAGCUCACGCAUGGCCAGCGGUCUGCUGGGUCUUGGCUUUUCAUCCCUCAAUACCGUCAAACCCAAUCCCGUUCGCACACCCAUGGAAAACUUGAUUCGGCAAGGGACCGUGCAGAAUCCCAUCUUCACAGUUGCUCUCAAAGACUCCAACAGUAACGCCACAGGUCAAGGUGGUCACUUCACGUUUGGCUAUAUCGAUAAAAGCACCUACAAAGGAGAAAUCGGGUAUGCACCAGUCAACACAAGCCAGGGCUUUUGGGAGGUGAAUUGCCCCUACUUCAAGAUUGGCCGCAAUGGAAACCCACUACCGCGCAGUCAACCAAAUCACCCUGCCAUCAUCGAUACGGGCACAACGCUCAUGCUGCUUGAUGAUAUGACUCUAUUGACCAUCUACAACUCUAUCCCAGGCGCAAAAUUCGACAGUACCAUUGGCGGCUAUACGAUUCCCUGCAAUGCGCAAGUUCCUGAUACAUUUUGGCUGCUAGGCGAUCAAUUCUAUGGCGUGCCAGGGUCUACCAUGGCGUUUGCAAAACUCGAUGGAGGACGAUGCUAUGGUGCAAUGCAGUCAAGAGGCGAUUUCCCAACAGAUAUCAUGGGCGAUGCAUUCAUCAAGAAUCAAAUGGUUGUGUUUGAUCAGAAUCCAACGGCGCCUCGACUUGGCUUUGCGUAUCGU